AUGACGUCCUCCGUCUUUUUCAAGUUCAAAUCCCAAAGGGAACCUACUAGAGUCGAGUUUGAUGGUACCGGCAUCUCAGUCUUCGAACUGAAGCGUGAGAUCAUUACUAAAAGUGGCCUUGGAGAUGGCACCGACUUUGAUCUGCACAUCUACACCGACGAUAACAGCGAAGAAUAUGACGACGAUACGACUAUCAUUCCCAGGUCAACGACUGUCAUCGCCAGACGCCAGCCUGCCCUCAAGCCUGGCGCAGGGCGUGCUGCUCGCUACGUAUCUGGUAAAAUGCCCGUGACAGCUAAGAAUGCUGGUCGCAAAGAGCAAACGGCCAAGGCAUCGGUUUCCAAACCAAGUUCCGAUGCAAUUAGCCAGAUGAACAAUGCUAUGACGGAAGAGGAGAAAAUGGCGGCUAUGUUUGCAGCCCAAACAGAGCAGUGGUCCGCCCAGCAGGAGGAGAUGUCUCAUCAAACACCAGUUUUCAAAGCUGGUGCAAAGAGACCUGCAAAUGUUCCUGACCAUGACCCACCCAACGGAUACAUCUGCUACCGAUGUGGCAACAAGGGUCAUUGGAUUCAAUUAUGCCCGACCAACGACGAUCCCGAGUUCGAUAACCGCCCACGUGUCAAGCGAACAACGGGUAUUCCUCGUUCAUUCCUACAAAAGGUCGAUAAGUCCGUUGUCCUUGCACAAACUGAUGGCGACGAGACCAAGCGUCCUUCGGGUAUUAUGGUCAAUGCUGAAGGAGAUUUUGUUAUUGCCGAGCCUGACAAGGCAUCGUGGGAACAGUUCCAGGCCAAGGCCAAGUCUUCAGCAGUAACCAAUGCACCGGCUGAGGACAAGGAAAUUCAGGAACAGGGCUUGGAGUGUUCAAUUGACAAGAAGAUGUUCAUAGAGCCAAUGAAGACUCCUUGCUGUCAGAAGACCUUUUGUAAUGAUUGCAUAACCAAUGCUCUCAUCGAAAGCGACUUUGUCUGCCCUGCAUGCCAGUCAGAAGGCGUAUUGAUUGAUGACCUUCAACCCGAUGAGGAUGCCUCGAAGAAGAUUCAAGAGUACUUGAAGGAGAAGGAAACAGCCAAAAGCCCACCUCCUCCGUCACCCAAAGCUUCGGAAGGUGCCAAGGCAGAUGGCGAAACCCAAGAUAAACCUCAGAAUGAGGACGUUGCCAGCACAGAGCAGAAGACUGAGAAUGAACCCAAUGAUAAAACUACGGAUUCAGCCAAGGAAAAGUCGAACUCGCCAGUAUCUCAAGCUGCAACUAUCAAGACCCCUCCCACUGGCCCCAAAAGCCUUGUAUCUGUCCCGCAUGAUGCGAACAAACAAGUAGAUGGUGCCAAAACAUCAGAUGCUAAUUCAAAGAAGCGGCCAGCAGACGAUAUUCUAGACAAUCCUCGAAUUCCCAAGGGCCCCAAAGCUAUGCAAAAUCAGCAAAACGUGAUGAACGGCAUGGGCAUGAACGGCAUGGGCAUGAACAUGGGCAUGAAUCAUAUGAUGUUCAACGGAAUGCCUAUGAUGCCCAACAUGAUGGGUAUGCCCAACAUGGGUAACAUGAACAUGGGAAUGCCUAACAUGAACAUGAUGGGAAUGCCUAACAUGAUGGGCAUGCCCGGGUUCCCUGGGAUGAACGGUGGGUUCGGCGGGAUGAAUGGCUGGGAUAUGGGGAUGAACGGUAUGAAUGGCAACAUGGGCAACAUGAACGGCGGGAUGAAUGGCUUCCAGAACGGCAACUUUGGACAAGGUGUUGGCCCUGACGAGGAUGCGUACUUUCGCAAGCCAGUCAACCCCCACCGACACCAGAACAAGCAGCGAAGAGUACGACCCAGCGACUACCGAGAGCUUUAG